AUGUCAGCCUCGUCCGAGCCAGGGCCAUUGGCCUUUCACAAUCAGGGUCAUGCCUUGUAUAUAGCAGGAAACCAAACUGCGCAAGGAAAUAUCAAUUACUACUACAAUGGUGAAGGGUCCCAACAGGGCAGGCCUGUCAACACCGGGUCCAAUUACGCCUUCGGGCUGAGCCUGGACGGUGCGCCUCAGAUUGCGGAUGAUCUCUUUGUAGGACGUGAAAGAGAGUUGGUGCAGAUGCAAGAAUUGCUUUCACCCGCAACGAGGACUCAGAACGUCGUGGCAGUAUCCGGUUUGGGUGGGAUGGGAAAAACACAACUCUGCAUCCACUAUGCGAAGCUGCACCGUGAAACGUAUUCAUCCAUCUUCUGGCUUAGUGCCAAGGAUGAAAGCACCUUGAAGGCAGGCAUUGUCAAUUUAGUGAUGCGUGUCGCGGAUGGCUCUUCGUCCCCGUGUGCAAGCCAUCUUGGCAACCAAGACGAGGAUGUUAAAUGGUUCCUGUCGUGGUUGUCGAAGUCGGAGAAUAGCAGAUGGCUCUUGAUAUUCGACAACUAUGACGAUCCUGAUGUGCCAGGAAUGCGAAGCGCCACGGGCUACGACCUACGUCGAUUCUUUCCACCCAGACAGCAGGGUUUUAUCCUGAUCACGACACGUGUCACUCGCUUGAACUUUGCUACUUAA